AAUUUAUAUUUAUGUCGAGUCUUUAUUUUGAGUAUUUACAUAUGGUAACUGAGUGUUGUGGCGUUUUAAGGCCAUUUGCACUUUUUAUGCUAUGGUAAAGACAAUGAAUGAAUACUGCCGCUGGUGUGCGGUUACACCCGUCAUAGUGACGUCACUGUUAUUGUUAAUGUUACUCCCGUCAUAGUGACAACACUGUGUACUGUCAUGUUUAUUUUAUACAUGCAUGUGAUUGUUUAAAUAUUGUUAAUGUUAGCAGUAUUAUAGCUAAUAAUGAUAAUAAUAAGUGUAACUUAUUUAUUGAAGGUCGAACGAUAGAUGACUUAAUGUUGAUGUUAUGUGCGCACAUUGAUUGAACUUCGGGUCCUGUGCUUACGCAGGCCAGGUCCCUAAGUCUUGGAUGGCGAGCUGUAGAUAGGCCUCGAGCCUGAGCCCAAGGAUCUCCACCUCUCAACCCCUGAACUCCACCUGCUGUGGGCGGGCCGACCUUCUCCACGUCCUCCUUCUUCACCGACUUGAGGUUGGCUCGCAGGUCCAAGGACACUUUGUGCUUGGAGCCCAGCAGGGAGCGCAGGAUGGCGUCCGCAGAGACCCUCACCCUUCGAAGGCUGGGUCUCUUAAACUUGCCUCCAGGCUGCAGGAGAGAUGUAGUCUUGCAGCAUCACGCGGAGGACCAGGAUGGACUGGACAGGUCUAUUUAUAGCCAACAACACCCGCCCUCUCCUGUGGACCGAGCGUCAGGGCUGCUGACCGGGAGAACCAGGACAGGAUCCAUCCAAGAUGGCAGGAAGAGGAUCUGCAUCUUCUCUCCUGCUUUCUACGGAAGCCUGCAGGAUCCUUCCAAGGGUGUCAGGAGGACUUGAAGACACUACUACUGCAGCCACAUUAACUGGCACAAGAUUUCCUGAGAAAAGUCCAAGAUCUGACCUUAAUCCCUCACGUAAACUGGUGGACUGUUAACGUCUAAGAUGGUGUGGAGGUCUUUGAAGCGUCCUGGUUGAGAUAUCCUUCAACAUCCUUUGGCUUCUCGGCGUCACUAAGUGGUCUGUAUGAUAAUAAUGUACAUGCGUGGUGUUUUCUCUCUGCAGUCAAGCGAUGAUACGUGACAUGCCACACCAAAGGUGGCUCGUCCUUAGCAUCUCCACCAAAGCAUGAUGCCCCUCUCCAAAGCCGACCCCAAACUGCAAUACAACAGCCUCCCGAAUCCCAGUGUGCGGUACCAGCACUCCACCAGACGACUUCCUUCCUGUUCCUCCACCUCCGGAUCAUCAGGUACCGCAGAGUUGCUCCUGGGAGGUCCAGCUCUGAAGAACCUUCUCCACCAAAGUUCCAGCGUGUAUUCCCAAAGGGGCCCGGCAGUGACGGGACGGACCGAUGGGACCAGUUCGGCAUACAGCAGUCCUCGUAUUCCCAAGAGAGAAGCCCCCCGCUCCAAAGACACGCUGGAUCUCCGCACGGACUCGCUGACCCAGCGGGCCCUUCGGGAUCUCCAGCUAAGAAGAAACACCAACAAGAACUGGACCUUCGGGAAAUAUCGCCAGAGGAACGUGGACAACGCCGACAGCUCUGAAAAAGAAGUCUUGUGCCGACAACAGUCGGGAAGAGGACAUGUUUUCACCCGAGGGCCGAACAGGAAUGUGGUGUCUUUGGAUGGAAUGGGGGUGAGGAGCAUCUCCAACCAGGACCGCGGUGCUUCCAAAAGAAAGGUUAGCAAGUCAGGAAGGGUGGACAUGGCAGUGGUCGCUCCCUUUGGGUUCAGGUAAGGACCAGGUAAGGUCAGCUACGACUCACUGAGUGUUGUAUCAUACCUUUCUUUCCUUGCUGUUGGAUUCCAGCUGUAAGGCUCAGGGGGACCACGAGACCUUAGAGGAUCUUAGUGACUGUU